ACUUGAAACUUCAGCAACGAUUCCUUCCGCUGACCCGUAGCCUGCUUUUCCUGUGAUGGAUCUGCAGGAAAACACCACUGCAAACAUGACUCUAGCGGCGGAUGAGCCCCGGCCCGAGUCCGUCAUUGUGCCAGCCAUCUUUGCUUUCAUCUUCUGCCUUGGAGUCUUCGGAAAUGCUCUGGUCAUUGCCGUCCUUCUCCGUACCGGGAAAGAAAUGCAAAACACCACCAAUGUCUUCAUCCUCAACCUCAGCAUCGCCGACCUCUUCUUCAUCAUCUUCUGCGUCCCCUUCCAAGCCACGGUGUACUCUCUGCCGGAGUGGGUGUUCGGCCUCUUCAUGUGCAAGUUUGUCCACUUCUGCCAAUGCACGACUAUGCUGGCCUCCAUCUUCAACCUCGUAGCCAUGGCGAUAGAUCGUUACCUUGCCGUUGUCCACCCGGUCACCUCGAUGGACAUCCGCAAGCCGCAAUCAGCCUGGUUGGCUGAGCUAGUGGUGUGGGUACUGGCCAUGGGAACGGCUUCGCCGUACCUCGUGUACUACGACAUCGUCAACCACGGCACCAAGAGCGAGCAGGAGUUCUGCAUCGAAGUCUGGGAGGAGAUCGAGAACCAACGCCCCGUCUACAUCGCUUUCCAGUUCACGUUUGGAUACGUCCUGCCUCUGAUGAUCAUCACCAUCUGCUACUGUCUGGUCAUCAAGCGUCUCAACGCCACGUCCAAGAGAAGCCAGGCCAACCGAGCCAAGAAGAGAAUCACGAAGAUGCUGAUCGUGGUGGUCGUUGUCUUCGGAAUCUGCUGGCUGCCUCAUCACAUCAUGCAUCUGUGGGUCAACUUCGGAGAGUUCCCCUACACCAUGACAACCUACGUCCUCAAGCUGUUCUCGCACUGCAUGGCUUACGCUAACUCCUGUCUCAACCCCAUCAUCUAUGCCUUUCUAUCCACGGAAUUCAGAAAGGCUGUGGGCGAGUUGGCGUGCCAUAAGCGCGGGUAGGGUCGAGCGUGUUCGGCACUUCGUGACUGACUCGUACAGGCGGAUGACAACCACUACCAUGAGGUUCCUUCGGGCUUCUUGGGAGAUAAUGAUGCUGAUGGCACGGCGUGUGAAGACUAGGAGCACCCAAACAAAGUUAUCGAAAUCUUCUCUAAACAGCAGGAAAAACAUAUAAACGAUGCUGCACCAACAGUUACAAGUACCAUACUUAUCGAUAUAGACAUAACAUUGCUCUUUCACGAAUAUAAUUAUCAACAUCGCUGGAAUAAUACCAGAGCGUAACAGUAACAAGCGAACGCUAAGUCUAAACAAUAAGAUAUCAAAAAGCAGAAGAUACCUGAUAUAUCCUACUUAACUCUCAUCCACAUAGUAUUCUAAUCCAUCUCAAGCCACGCUUAUCAAAAUUAUGUGUAAAUACUCAGACUCACAGAUUAUAAUGCUAUUGAAGGUUAGAAAAGUCAAUAAAGCAUAUCUAAUUCUCUAUAUAUAUUGAUAACGAAAGAGUUAACGUGGCUGUCAUUAAUUGACGAAUCGGAGAGGUAGUUUUGCAUGCUUUGCAGCAGCGAGAAAAUUGUAAAUAAACUAAUAAAUAACUAAUAUCAAUAAUUGAUCGACAUAUCGGUUGUAAUGCAGAGCUACACGUGGAGCAGGCCUCCUGUGUUAGAGUGAAGAUGAUCUGUUGAUAGAGACAAUUAUAAAUACAGCACUUUCUAAGUAUUGUAGAAUACUAUAUUAUGUUGUACUGAAUAUAGAUUCCUGAUAUAAGACGUUUCUUCACAGCUGGAUUAUACUAGCGUUCUACAAUGAUAGAAUAACAUGUGUCAAAGAGGCGCACUUGAUACAAAGUCGAUAAAAAAAAGAGGUAAAGGUAUACAGAUUAUGUCAGGAUAAAAGUCCCGAGUUUAUCGUUAUUGCAUCCUCCUACGCACGGUCCCCAACGGUGCUAGCUAACCGCCUUUGUGUAGACCCUGCUAUCUGAAGGGUUACCAGCGGUUACUGUGGGCGUCGCCAUAAACCAGCUGUCAACCAAUCAAAGAAUAGGAUUUUCUUAGCCUUUCAGUUUUCUAAGGGAUCUCACUAAGGCCUGAAUGGGCGCUGAUUGGCUGAUUCCCAUAUAAGGGUUAGCUCAUUAAUAUUUAUAAGCAGGUCGGUCAGUAACAGGGGUUGCCCUUCAGAUAGCAGGAUCCCCACAUAGGCGGUUAGCUGGUGCCUUUGGGGACCGUGCGUAGGAGGCUGAGUUAUUUUCGCAAUGAUUCUGGCUAAAAGGGUCAGUUGGUUUGCUGAGUAUCAAAACUGAUGGAACUAUAGAAUUUAAACGAUAUCAAUCAUUGAAUACGGAAUGUUAGCACAGAAUGAUGAUGAUGAUGAUCACAGAUAUAGUUUGGUUGGAUUGAUGAAAAGGUCAUUAGACACUGAAAUUUGAAUAUUCAGUUCGCUGCGUAGGACUCAAUCAUGGGCGGGAUGACACCGGUACAUAUAAGAAAAUAUGUAUCUUAAAGACAAUUACAUGUAGAUUAUAAUACUUCAUAGAUAAUUAUAUAAA